CUCUUGCUAUAGUAAUUUAUAAAGCUGAUAAUAAUCCUGUUGAACUAUCUAAUACUGGUCUUGGAAUGAAAAAUUACAUAAUAACAUUUAGGCGUGAUACACCAGAUGCUACAAUAGAUCAAAUGAUUAAUAUUAUUGAAAAAAAUGGUGGUAAAGUUUAUCAAACUUAUAACUCACUGUUUAAAGGUUUUGCUGCAAAAGUUCCAACAAAUUUUGUACAAGUUCUAGAUAAGGAUUCUUCUAUUUUAUCAAUUGAAGAAGAUCAAGAAGGUAUUUUAUCAUACACGUUUGUUAUAAUGAUUUAUUUUUGA